AUGCCUGGUGAAGAUGUCCAGGUUGGUGACAUCGUUAACGUGCCUGGUGGCAUGUACGGCACCGUGAAAUAUUUGGGAUCGGUAUCGGGAAAGCCCGGGCGAUUCGCUGGUAUUGAAUUGAGCAGUGAACAUGCGCAACGAGGAAAGAACAGCGGCGAUGUGGAAGGACGAAAAUACUUUGCAACCUCAGUCGCAGGAUCUGGUAUAUUUGUUCCCAUGAACAACAAUAAAUACGUUACGCGGAGGGUGGCGUCCAACUUUGCCGUUCCUACGACUCCUGCGCGUGCCCCGCCUAUGAAUUUUAGCAAGUCUAUGGGACCGAGCCCUUCUAUGCACCGUACACGAGUACGUCGACCGUCUUUGCCUCGUCCAGAAUCCCCGCGUGUAGCUCCCCCAAAGCUCAGUCUCGGUGGCCUGCGUACCCCCUCCGCCGCCUCCAAAGCAUCAACCACUUAUCAACGAAGUCCAAUCAAGCCACCAUCUCGGCUCUCUGAUAGACCACCCUCAGGAUUCAGCCUGGAUGAUGACGCCUCAUCCUAUGACAGACGACCAUCAGAUGUCUCGCAAGCUCCGCCGAAUUCAGGCGACUUACAAGACUUGAAAGAACAAGUCAAGAUCCUAGAAAAGCGAUUGCUUGAGCGAGACAAGCAGCUAAACGAACAAACAAAGACAUUGUCAGAAUUCCAAAGUACUUUGGAGGAACUGGAAGGGUCAGACUCACUUUCGAUUCGUGCUCAACUUCAUGAGAGGAACGAGCGGAUAAACCAACUGACCGAGGAAUUCGACGGCCACCGAGCAGAUUUCCGGAGUACGCUUGAUACAUUGGAGAUUGCUGCAUCUGAAACUGAGCGGGUAUAUGAGCAACGUCUCGAUGAACUUAUGCAACAGAACAAGGAACUACAUGACCAAGGCGAAGACGUUGAGAUUGUCGCGCUGCAAUUGAAGCAAUUGGAGGACUUGGUCUCAGAAUUGGAAGAGGGGCUUGAAGAUGCACGACGAGGCGAGGCUGAAGCACGAGCCGAGGUCGAGUUCCUCCGUGGCGAAGUUGAAAGGACCAAGUUGGAGCUGAAGAAGGAGCGGGGUUAUUCAGCCGUUGCUCUGAAAGACGCGCAAGACGCAGCCGACGGAAAUCGAAACUCACACGAGUUAGACCAAAAGGACGAUGAGAUCCGAGGCCUGAAAGCUAUUAUCCACUCUCUCAGUCGUGAGAACUCCAAUACCAACCCGAAUGAAAAUGGCGAUGCUGCUCAGGAUGAGCAGGUGAUUCAACUGGAGCAGCGAUUAAAAGAGACUGAGGAAAGCAGCGGAGUGAAGGAUACCAGAAUUGAAGAGUUGGAGCGUGAACUCCAGGAACUACGGGUCAAUUCCAGCAAUGGAGGACGUGAUCGUAGCGCCACCGUGACAGUCUCGCCAUCAACGCAACGUAAGAUGUCGGCAGCACAGAUCAAGCCUUUGAGCAGUAUUAAUCAAGCGCACCGUCUCUCCGACCGCACCGUGGUUCCGAAUGACUGGCACGAUGCGUCGUCCGAUCCUCAUCAUAGUCGCGGCACCUCUAACUCAUCCCAACGACUGGAGCCUACACCAGAGUCAGACCGUUCAGAUGAAGAAUCUCUAUGGUGUGAGGUGUGUGAGGAAGGUGGUCAUGACAUCUUGAACUGUACCAGCAUGUUCGGAUCUAACAACAAACCCGCUGCAAAGGUCCCAGAGGCCAGUUUUGAAGAGACCCCGACCGAAGCUGCAGAGGAGGAAUAUACUUCUUCCGACCUCCAUGAAAGCACCGAUGACAGCUUCGUAGAUGCUGCUCCGCUAAAGACUGGUCGGGAUGUGGUCAUGGAGGGUCUGAAGAGCAUCGGAAGCCUAGGAUCAUCUAUGGCUCCUGUCGCCGGCAAGUCCUCUGGUGUUAUCGACGAAGCCAAGUGGUGUGCUCUCUGUGAGCGAGAUGGCCACGAGAGCAUCGAUUGUCCAUUUGACGAAUAA